GCGGCGCAUGCGUAGGCGGCCUGGUGGCCCCAGGAGCCCCUCCUUCCUCUCCUCUCUCCGCUCCCGCCGGUGGUUGUCAAUCGGUAGCUGCGGGACUCUGGAUGGGAGGAUGGAUUUCGAGAAUCUUUUCUCCAAACCCCCCAACCCGGCCCUGGGCAGGAAACCGGUCACGGACUCCGACGCCAUGGACUCCGACGACAGAAUCGAUGAUGAAAUAGAUGAUACAGAAGUUGAAGAAACACAAGAAGAGAAAAUAAAAGUAAAAGUGGAGUGUGAGCAUAUUUCCAAAAAAUUUAGGCACUUUGGAAACUCUACAACAUCACCAAAGAAUUUGCUAUAUAGAAAAUCAAGAAGUAAGGACUAUGAUGUAUACACUGAUAAUAUCUGCAAUCAGGAACCAGAAGAUAAUUUUGCUAAAGAGCUUCAACAGCAUAUACAAGCUAAAGAAAUGGCAAAUGCUGAUCAGUCCUUAUUGUCUCAUAAAGAAUCCAUGAAGAAAGAGGAAGCAAAGUGUACACAGGAAGGUAAAGAUGUUAAACAAAAAAAUAAAAACUUUAAAGCUGCCCAUAAGAAUGGUAAACAGAAGAAAAUGAAGCGGAAAUGGCCCGGCACUGCAGACAAGGGAUCAUAUGCAUCACUGAGGAACAGUGGCUCACAGGGACAGUUUAGGCACUUUGGAAACUCUACAACAUCACCAGAGAAUUUGCUACAUAGAAAAUCAAGAAGUAAGGACUAUGAUGUAUACACUGAUAAUAUCUGCAAUCAGGAACCAGAAGAUAAUUUUGCUAAAGAGCUUCAACAGUAUAUACAAGCCAGAGAAAUGGCAAAAGCUGCUCAGUCCUUAUUGUCUCAUAAAGAAUCCAUGAAGAAAGAGGAAGCAAAGUGUGCACAGGAAGGUAAAGAUGUUAAACAAAAAAAUAAAAACUUUAAAGCUGCCCAUAAGAAUGGUAAACAGAAGAAAAUGAAGCGGAAAUGGCCCGGCACUGCAGACAAGGGAUCAUAUGCAUCACUGAGGAACAGUGGCUCACAGGGACAGGAUGAUAAACCUAAAGAGAAUCAGCAGCACGUGCAAAUGAAUCAGGGGUUCAUCAACCAACAUACAGUGGAGCGAAAGGGAAAGCAAGUUUGUAAAUAUUUCCUUGAAAGGAAAUGUAUUAAGGGAGACGAAUGUAAAUUUGAUCAUGAUGCAGAGAUAGAGAAGAAAAAGGAAAUGUGUAAAUUUUAUGUACAAGGAUAUUGUACCAAAGCUGAAAACUGUCUGUAUUUGCAUAAUGAAUAUCCUUGCAAGUUUUAUCACACAGGAGCAAAAUGUUAUCAAGGCGAGGGCUGCAAGUUUUCCCAUGCUCCUCUGACUGCUGAAACACAGGAACUUUUGGUUAAAGUUUUAAACCCUGACAAGAAGUCAUCAUGAAAACCAAAAACAUAAAAAUAAGCCAAAGGCAAGGUGAUAAAUAUGAGCCAAGAAUCAAACCUACAUUCAUUGUCCGAGUCCACCUUUCUGCUCACCCCUCUCCACCGAAGGCUGCGUUCACUGCCUCGGCUCCUGUUGACAGCACACAGCACGAAGCCGGUGUGGGAAAGGAGGAAACACGACAUCUGCAAGGAAAGGACCUAUUUAGAGGGCUGAGGAGAGGAGAGAAUGUGCAUGUUGACUAGGGAGGGACAAGCUGCCCAGCUCACCUCAAAGUGGUGUUGGUUCCUGUGAAAUGUGCAGCACUCCUUUACAUCAUUUAAAAAUGUGGGGGAAGUAAACAUUUUUGGUUAUUAUGUCACUAAUUCUGAGGUACGUGUUUGUAGUUAACAUCUCUAAGGUUGGAGUGUCUUUCUCAGUUGGUAUAAUGUCACAUUUUAAUUGUCAGUUUAUUUUUAUUAGUACAUGAAUAAUGGCUCUUGUUAGGUUGGUGACAUGUUUAGAUUUGAAUGUAAUUUUAAACUGAAGUUGUACAUGUAUAUAGUCAAAAGUUUACUGUGAAAUAAAAUUUGUUAUGAAAUUUA